AUUUUAUGGCGCAUCAGCUUAAAGCCUGUGGGUGGUACCACUGUAUUCUACGCCGACCAACACGUGAUAAGCUAUUAGCCCGACUUUUGUGUUGGAAACGCGUUAUUAAGGAUUGAUUGGCUGGAGAGAGAGGCUGGCUAAAGAGUUGGCGGACAUCUUCUCCAUCUCCAUCAACAUUAGUUGCUCACCUUUACAACAUACAUUAUAUCAUGCGUUCCACACAAGUACUACGGGUAACCAUUCCAACCAGAUUGGCAAGACCUGCUCAAGUAUCAACAUCAAGAGCAGAUGCAAGAGCGCGAGCAUUAGCACUAUAUCGUCAAUAUUAUCGUUCUGCACCUGAAAUCGUUUCUUUGUUUGCGAUGGACAUUCCACCUUCAACUUUAAGAGCAAAAUAUCGUCAAAUGUUCGAAAAGAAUCGUCAUGUUGAUGAUUUGGCAGUGAUUGAUGUUAUGUUACAUAAAGGACAGGUCGAAUUUCAAGAAACAAUCAAUGCUUGGAAACAGGUACCACAUAUGUUGAAAUUGUUUGCCGAAGAAGAGACACAACCACAACCCGUCACAUUCCUAGAGAAGUUCUACGCCACUAAAGAUGAAGGAAGAUCGGUAACCGGCAAAGGAUUCUAGAGAGACUUAAAUCGCUGUCGUUACCAUCUCUAUCUGUAAUAGG